CGGUAAGCAGUAAGCGGUAUUGAAUGGUGGGGGAGAGAAGAGAGAGAAUACAUUGCAAAAACCAAUAAGGAAACCGCACUUCUUUGCUCAAAUACAUUGCAUGUGGCUUUCUCUCCUGUGUAUUGUCACAUACCCAAACAUCUCUCCUCUCCUAAUAAAACCAACCCCUUUUCCUUGCCACCCAUCUUUCAUAUCUCUUUCCCAACAGUUUUUUCCCUAUCUGAUAGGGUUUCUAUGUCCUUCUAGCUCCAAUCUCUCUCAUGCAUCCGUGUCUUCAAGCUACAUACGGUGACGUUUCAGCCUUCUUCCUUGUUGGGUCUCUCUUUUUUGCUCUCUUUGGAGGGUUUUCGAUCGGGGAACAGCGCAGAUUUGACCUCCCGGGGUUUUUUGAGCUGUACUCAUGUCAAAGCUCUUUUCUUUUAGUGGAAGUGAUGAUUUUUGCCCUGGGGGGUCGAUUUACCCAAACCCUAAGGGGUCAAGUCUCUUUUUGUCCCUUGGACGCCAUGUGGAUGUGUAUUUUCCUCCUCACAAGAGGUCGCGCAUCAGUGCCCCAUUUGUUUUCUCAGGAGAGAGGUUUGAGCAGAAGAACCCAUCAAUUGAGGUUCUCCCUGAUGAAUGCUUAUUUGAAAUCUUCAGACGGUUACCAGGAGGUCGAGAGAGGAGUUCCUGUGCUUGUGUUUCCAAGCGCUGGCUUACACUUGUAAGCAACAUCCGCAGAGAUGAAAUCAGUGAAAAUAAGACCACCCAAGCUUUGAAUCUCAAGGAUGAGAGUACUGAUAAGAAGGGUGGAGUUGUUUCCGAGGUUGAAGAUCAGGAUGUUGAGGAUGAUGGAUACCUCUCUAGGAGUUUGGAAGGGAAGAAAGCCACAGAUGUUAGACUUGCUGCUAUUGCUGUUGGAACUGCUAGUCGUGGAGGACUGGGCAAGCUUUUCAUUCGAGGAAGCAAUUCCAGGCGUGGAGUGACUACUGUUGGCCUCAGGGCCAUUUCUCGUGGGUGCCGUUCUCUUAGGGUUCUUUCCUUGUGGAAUUUGUCUUCUGUUGGAGACGAAGGUCUCUGUGAGAUUGCUGAUGGGUGUCACCAGCUAGAAAAGCUUGACCUUUGCAAUUGUCCUGUAGUUACUGAUAAGUCUUUGUUCGCUGUUGCUAAGGGUUGCCCUAAUUUGACUGAUCUGACCAUUGAGGGUUGUGCAAACAUUGGAAAUGAAGGCCUCCAAGCUGUAGCACGCUGCUGUCCCAAUCUAAAGUCUGUUUCAAUCAAAGGCUGCCACCUUGUUGGAGAUCAAGGAAUUGCAAGCCUGCUGUCUUCAUCCUCAUAUUCCCUCACAAAAGUAAAGCUCCAGGCCUUGAACAUUACCGAUGUCUCUCUUGCUGUUAUUGGGCACUAUGGCAAGGCAGUGACUGACCUUUCUCUUACUAGCCUUCCAAAUGUGAGUGAGAAGGGCUUCUGGGUAAUGAGUAAUGGUCAUGGGCUACAGAAAUUGAAGUCUUUUACAGUUACAACCUGCGGUGGAGUGACAGAUUUGGGACUAGAAGCUGUUGGAAAAGGUUGCCCAAAUUUGAAGCAGCUCUGCCUCCGUAAAUGUGCUUUCUUAUCUGAUAACGGGUUGGUGUCUUUUUCCAAAGCAGCUGGUUCACUAGAGAGCUUGCAACUGGAGGAGUGCCACAGAAUCACCCAAUUUGGUUUUGUCGGUUCCCUUCUUACUUGUGGUGCAAAGUUGAAGGCUAUUUCUCUUGUGAACUGCUUGGGUAUUAAGGAUCUGAACCUGGGAUUGCCUCCUCUAUCCUCUUGUGAAUCCCUUCGAUCACUGUCCAUCUGUAACUGCCCUGGUUUUGGUGAUGCUAGCUUGGUUGCAUUGGGGCAGUUGUGCCCUCAACUGCAGCAUGUGGAAUUGAGUGGGCUUCAUGGAAUAACAGAUGCUGGGUUUCUCCCUUUGCUUGAGAGUUGUGAGGCUGGUUUGGUGAAGGUUAAUCUCAGCGGUUGUGUGAAUUUGAGUGACAAAGUUGUUUGUAUGAUGGCUGAUUUGCAUGGGUGGACUCUAGAAACACUGAAUCUGGAUGGUUGUAAGAUCAGUGAUACUAGUUUGGUUGCAAUUGCAGAUAACUGUCAGUUGCUCAGUGAUCUGGAUGUCUCCAAGUGUGCUAUCACUGAUUCUGGAAUUGCAGCUCUGGCUCAUUCUAAUCUGAUCAAUCUGCAGAUCCUUUCUGUGUCUGGCUGCUCUAUGGUCUCGGACAAAAGCUUGCCUUCACUAGGAAAAUUGAGUCAGACUCUCUUGGGGUUAAACCUACAGCAAUGCAAGGCAAUCAGCAGUGGUGCAGUUGACCUGCUUGUGGAGCAGCUAUGGAGGUGUGAUAUCCUUUUCUGAACUAAUGGAUAUAGAUUCCUCCAUAUAUUACCUGGUUCGACCAAUCAAGAAGCAUUAGAAUAGCCUUUGUGAGUAGCAGCGGUGUGUAGUUUUUGGGUCCAUCAGCUAUGGGUCUUCUAUAUUCCGAUGCUCAGUCCCUUUUUCCAGGGAAUAUGGCCAUUCUCUUUUUUUUUUUUUUUCUUUGCAGGUUUCCUUUUAUCGGAGAUCUGUUACCAGAUUUUGAACCCCAAGAAUGGGUGUUGGUUUCUUCACGGCCGUGUUUCCCUGAGAAUACAGUCACUGAGUUCUGGAUUUUAGGGUAUCUUUCCAAUUUGUUAUGGCUUUAUGUUUGUUGGGGUGCUGGUGCAUGGUGUUUUUGCUUAGCCUUGUUCAUUUCUUCUUGGGCUAAGCUUUUGUUAUACUGUCCGUCCACUACCCUAUUUGAAGUUUGUACGUCGUUGGUUUUACCGAGUCUUUCACGUUUUUGAACUCAAAAGUUCUACACGUGAUGGUUGGGUCUUCUGUUUUCUUAAAAGGGGUGGAUUGAAAGUCUUGAGUCAUUGUAGUUGUGGUUGCUUUCGGCAGUUCGAAGUUUGGUGUCUUGCUUUCAUGGGCUUUGGCCAUGGCAGCAGUUUAUAUGGUCUGCCAUGACAACUCUUGGAGUUGUUUUUUAUUUAUUUUACCAAGCCCUAGUUUUGCAGGUUUCAUUUGCUCCGAACUGUAGUCUGUAGCCUUUCAACCAUGUAAUGAAUUUUUAAAUCUGCCCUUGGAAAUCAUGUAUGUUUUCGUCUCCAUCAUUAAUAAAAAGUGAUAAACUUUAUCUUGUAGAAA